CGUCAGUCGAGGUUUUUUAGCCUGACUCGUCGGCCACCGUCGUCCGCGAUCGGCACGAUUCGUCGGAAGGGUGGUCAACGGGCGACAAGGGACCCCGCGAGGGCAAUCAUCGUCUAGCCACCGACCGGAAGGGAGUGCGAUGAAGGAAACGGCGACUGUCGCUCCAAAGUCGUGUAAACGAGACGCCGAAAUGGUCGUGGAAGGGAUGUCGGACGCGGCGGACAGGCGGAAGCUGACCGCGGGCUGUCGUCGGAGGACGAUUCCGGUCGCGUCGUCGCCCGGCGGACAGUCGCGUAUCGCGUUGACAGUCCUGUCUGCGGCUGUGGUCGCCUGUGCCGUUACGAAUGUCGACUUGGAACACGCGGCCGCCGUAUGUCAACACUGGCUGUCGACGAUGUUUCAGUCUGCUGCCGAUCAACAGUGUGCACUGAAGUUAUCGGAUUUCUUUGAAGAUGUUCUACGGCCGCCAAUUGAUUGUUCCUACUGCCAAGGAUUAGACGCUAUUGAGAAGGUAUUCAACCUAUCAGUCGAAAAUUUUGAAAAACACUACGCGUACACUGGACGGCCAGUAGUGGUUGUCGACGACUCUAAUACCAAGCGAUCGGCUAAUUUUGGAUUUCGACUUUUCAAAAACUUGUCCGAUUCCAAACUUCUAACACCGUGCCAGUUUUUCCCGUACAAAACCGAAUUCAACUCACUCGAGGAAGCUCUGAACAUGGACAACGAACGGGCCAUGAUGACGCCUGGAUAUGAACCGUGGUACAUCGGAUGGAGCAAUUGUGAACGUAAAUCAAUAAAUCGUCUGAAAGAACAUAUAACUCUACCAAGUUUCUUACCCAAGCUGUCAGACAGAAAGCAAACUCUAUGGAUUUUUAUGGGCACACCCGGUCACGGAGCACCGAUGCACAUCGACAAAGUGGCAUUUCCGUCGUGGCAAACGCAAAUAAGUGGAUACAAAAAAUGGACGUUACGUACACCGGCCGAGUGUUUUUUCAAAUGUAAACGAAUGUUCGAAGUGUUCAUGGAACCUGGUUCGACGAUUGUACUGGAUACAAACAUUUGGUACCAUGAAACGCAAACCAUUGGUCAGGAUAUCAGCAUAACUGUGGGUGCCGAAUAUGAUUGAUAUGCAAGACAUACACAAAGAGUAUUGUAGGUACUUAAAUAUUAGAAAUCAUGAACACUAUAG